CCAGGCGGGAGGGCCAGAGAGCCGGGUUGCCGAGAGCAGCCAGCGAGCCGCGCCGCGAGCUGCGCCGACCCGCAGCGAGCAGGGACGGACGCCCUCCCGCCGCCGCCGCCCGCCGGCUAUGGAUCUAUUCGACUUUUUCAGGGACUGGGACUUGGAGCAGCAGUGUCACUAUGAACAAGACCGUAGUGCACUUAAAAAGAAGGAAUGGGAGCGAAGGAAUCAAGAAGUCCAGCAAGAAGAUGAUCUCUUUUCUUCAGGCUUUGAUCUUUUUGGGGAGCCCUACAAGGUAGCUGAAUAUACAAACAAAGGUGAUGCACUUGCCAACCGAGUCCAGAACACGCUUGGAAACUAUGAUGAAAUGAAGGAUUUGCUAACUAACCAUUCUAAUCAGAAUCAUCUAGUGGGUAUCCCAAAGAAUUCUGUGCCCCAGACUCCCAUCAACAAAAAUGAACCAAGCUUUUUUUCAGAACAAAAGAACCGAAUGAUACCAUCUCACCAGGAUAAUACCCAUUCCUCGGCAUCAGUGCCUCCACCUUCUGUUGUGAUCCUGAAUUCAACCCUGAUACACAGCAACAGAAAAUCAAAACCUGAGUGGCCACGAGAUAGUCAUAAUCCUAGCACCAUACCAGCAAGCCAGGCCGGAAGUCAGCCCAACAAGAUGCAGACUUUGACACAGGACCAGACUCAAGCCAGACUCGAAGAUUUCUUUGUCUACCCAGCUGAAGCUCCCCAAGUUGGAGCCACUGAAGAAUCAAAUCCAUCUACAAAGGAAGACAUUAAUCCCAUGUUCAGUGGAGAGGAUGCUUUCAAAGAAAUCUUUCAAUCCAACUCAGCAGAAGAAUCUGAAUUUACAGUGCAAGCACCUGGGUCUCCCUUAGUUGCCUCUUCUUUAUUAGCUCCCAGCAGUGGCCUUUCAGUUCAAAGCUUCCCACCAGGGAUUUACUGCAAAACAAGCAUGGGGCAGCAAAAACCAACUGCAUAUGUAAGACCCAUGGAUGGCCAAGAACAGGCACCAGACAUCUCUCCUACACUGAAACCUUCCAUUGAAUUUGAGAACGGGUUUGGGAAUCUGUCAUUUGGAUCACUCUUGGAUGGAAAACCCAAUGCAGCCAAUUCAAAGACUAAGCUGUCAAAGUUCACGAUCCUCCAAACAAAUGAAGUAAGCAUUCCCAGUGAUCCAAGCUGUGUUGAAGAAAUCUUGCGGGAGAUGACCCAUUCCUGGCCCACUCCUCUUACUGCCAUGCACACUCCUGGAAACUCUGAGCAACAUGCAUUUUCCAUCCCAGGACAGGAAUCUCAACAUCUGACCCCAGGAUUCACCUUACAAAAGUGGAGUGACCCAACCAGCAGAGCUUCUACAAAGAUGCUUGAGGAUGACCUGAAGCUGAGUAGUGAUGAAGAUGACCUUGAGCCUGUGAAGACCUUGACCACUCAGUGCACUGCUACUGAGCUGUACCAGGCUGUUGAAAAGGCAAAACCUAAGAAUAAUCCUGUGAACCCACCCUUGGCUACAUCCCAGCCUCUACCUGUAGCACAACCCAGCGGAGGGUCUGGCAGCUCCAGCGAGUCAGAGAGCAGCUCUGAGUCAGACUCAGACAGCGAAAGCAGCACCACUGACAGUGAAUCCAAUGAGGCACCUCGUGUGGCUACUCCAGAGCCUGACCCACCUUCAACCAACAAGUGGCAGUUGGAUAAAUGGCUCAACAAGGUGACAUCACAGAACAAGUCAUUUAUUUGUGGUCAAAAUGAAACACCCAUGGAGACCAUUUCUCUGCCUCCUCCUAUCAUCCAACCAAUGGAAGUACAGCUCAAAGUGAAGCCAAACCCCAGCCAGCUUCUGGCUGAACCUAAGGAACGGCCUCUCCUCAGUCUCAUCAGGGAGAAGGCCCGUCCACGGCCUACCCAGAGAACUCCAGAAGCAAAGGCUGUGAAACAUAAGCUGUCGGUACCAAUUGAAACAGCCUCUCAAAGGACAAUUGGGAAAAAGCAACCCAGAAAGAUGGAGAAGAACACCAGUAUUGAGGAGUUUACCUGGCCCAAACCAAACAUUACUAGCAGUACUCCCAAAGAAAAAGAGAGCAUAGAGCUUCCUGAUCCACCAAGAGGCCGCAACAAAGCCGCUGCUCACAAACCAGUUCCUAGGAAAGAGCCAAGGCCUAAUAUCCCUUUGGCUGCUGAGAAGAAAAAGUAUAGAGGGCCCGGAAAAAUCAUCCCAAAGUCCCGGGAAUUCAUUGAAACAGAUUCAUCUACGUCUGACUCCAACACAGAUCAGGAAGAGACCCCGCCGAUCAAAGUCCUGCCUCCUUGCAUUGUUCCUGGAGGUAAUACUGCUAAAUCCAAGGAACCCUGUGGUGCCAACCUGGCCCUGAACACCUUAAUCAGCAGCAGCAACAACUUAACAAUCAAUAAUGAAGAGCCAACUUUUUCACCGAUUCCUGUCACACAAACUGAGCUGCUGUCCCCUCUACAAGAUCAGGAGAAUCUGAAAAACCUUUGGGUGAAAAUUGAUUUGGACUUGCUCUCUAGGGUACCUGGCCACAACUCACUCCAAACAGCACAAUCCAAGGCAGAACACAAGGAGACUGCUUCAAAACCUAAGCGUCAGACUGUUCCUCCAGUUGUGGAAAAACUGCCCCCUAAGGGCAAGCGUAAGCACAAGCCAACAGAAGUUUCAGACAAAAUCCCUGAGAAGAAGCAACGCAUGGAGGAGGCCACAACUAUCUGCUUGCUCCCCCCUUGCAUCUCACCAGCCCCACCCCACAAGCCUCCCAACAUUAGAGAAAAUAAUUCAUCCAGGAGAGCAAAUAGAAGAAAGGAAGAAAAGCUAUUCCCUCCCCCACUUUCCCCACUGCCAGAAGACCCUCCACGUCGCAGAAAUGUCAGCGGCAAUAACGGUCUCUUCAAUCAAGACAAAAACAUCUCCAUGAGUGGGCAGAUCACCCCUACUAAACCUAAGAGAAGUGAUGGCAAAUUCUGUGCUACCUUCAAAGGAAUAUCUGUAAAUGAGGGAGACACUCCCAAAAAGGCAGCCUCUGCCACCAUCACUGUCACCAACACUGCUAUUGCUACUGCCACUGUCACUGCUACUUCCAUUGUCACCACCACUGUCACAGCUACCACCACUGCCACGGCCACCACCACAACCACUACCACUACCAUUUCCACCAUCACCUCUACCAUCACUACUGGCCUUAUGGAUAGCAGUCACCUGGAGAUGACAUCCUGGGCGGCACUGCCCCUUCUGUCCAGCAGCAGCACUAACGUCCGGAGACCCAAGCUCACUUUUGAUGACUCGGUUCACAAUGCUGAUUAUUAUAUGCAAGAGGCUAAGAAGCUGAAGCACAAAGCUGAUGCACUGUUCGAGAAAUUUGGCAAAGCUGUGAAUUAUGCCGAUGCCGCCCUCUCCUUCACCGAAUGUGGUAACGCCAUGGAACGUGACCCUCUGGAGGCAAAGUCCCCAUACACCAUGUACUCCGAGACUGUGGAGCUCCUCAGGUAUGCAAUGAGGCUGAAGAACUUUGCAAGCCCCUUGGCUUCAGAUGGGGACAAAAAACUUGCAGUAUUAUGCUACCGAUGCUUAUCACUUCUCUACUUGAGGAUGUUUAAACUGAAGAAGGACCAUGCUAUGAAGUACUCUAGAUCACUGAUGGAAUACUUUAAGCAAAAUGCUUCAAAAGUCGCUCAGAUACCAUCUCCAUGGGUAGGCAAUGGAAAGAACACUCCUUCCCCAGUGUCUCUCAACAAUGUCUCUCCUAUCAAUGCCAUGGGAAAUUGUAACAACGGCCCUGUCACCAUCCCCCAGCGUAUUCACCACAUGGCUGCCAGUCAUGUCAACAUCACUAGCAAUGUAUUACGGGGCUAUGAACACUGGGACAUGGCUGACAAACUGACAAGAGAGAACAAAGAAUUCUUUGGUGACCUGGACACGUUGAUGGGGCCUCUGACACAGCACAGCAGCAUGACCAAUCUUGUCCGCUACGUUCGCCAGGGACUGUGUUGGCUGCGCAUCGAUGCUCAUUUGUUGUAGUUGGUGCCCUCCCAUCUCUAGCAUCACCACCCAUUACUCUACCUCUGCCAGCACAGCAAUGGUCACUGGUGGAACUCCACUCAUUUGGGAAAAUUCUCUUUGGUUCUGUUUGUUUUUAUGCUUCUUUUGAUAUCUGUAAAAAAAACUUAAAUCAUUUUAAGUGGACACUACAACUUGAUAGCAGUAUAUGUUUUUUUACUUAGUCAUUUUUCAGUGUUUGAUAUGCAUUUCCCAGAUCCCACCAUUUAUUUUGUGCUUUAUAGAAUGACCAUCCCUUCAAGAUUGUUUUAAGUCCACACUAUCAAAAACAAAUAAUGGGAGGUAUUUGUGUUGAUGACAGGUUCCUGAGAAAUGAAAUAUGGAUGAGAACUUACACAUAGGGACCUGCAAAGAUUUUCAGCUAACUAUGCUGUUAGGUCCAGAAAAGAACAUAUUUCAGAAUCCACUGAUAAACUCUGGUGAUUACCACAGACUCAAUCUUCACAUGAGAAUUUUCAUUGUCAAACCCAUGCCUUAGAUGUUGUAGCAACACCGCAAAAUCAAGAGUAAUGAGAAAAUAAAUGAGCAUAGCAAUCCCACUUGUAAAAUGAUGCUAUACCAUGUCUGAGCAUAGGAUUUUUUUGUUAUCCCUUACCUGAUUCCCUAUUUUUCAAAAUAUUAAUGAUGAUAAGGAGAGGCAACAUUUAUUUUGACAGCUUUAAGGUGUCAGCUGGCAUAAAUAUUUUUGAAUUGAAGCAUAAAUGAUCACCUGGGAUUCUCUUUGUGCAAAGCUCUUUUGAAGAGCAGUUUGGUAACCAAAAUGCUGCACUCCAGUCUUAGAAUUGGGAGAUAGGUUAGUUCUGAAAAAUGUCUGACAAGAAAUUCACACCUCUGCCUCCUUAACUGGCAGGAUUUUUAAUUUGCAUUUUGCUCAAAUCUAUGGAAACAAAAGUCAAGUUAUCAUUACCUAGAAGUAAUAAUAUACAGUUUGCUUCCUACUGGCUUUGAAAUCUGGACUUCUCCAAUUAUUAUCUACAUUUUCCAUUCUUCCGUAUUUCUUUUAUCUGUUUUCUAUUUUAUUUUAUCUUUAUUUCCUUUCCUUUUCUUUUUAUUGGGGGCACAUUAGAUUGUGACUAAGAUUAAGUCACUAAUUUUACUAAAGUUAAUAUUAACAUGAAUCAUUUACAUGAAAAUUCCAAAGAAAACCCCAAACUCUCUAAGUAGUAGCCACAUUUUUAUAAAGAAAAAUGAGUAUUGUGGUAGUGCUUCAUACUGCAGUUCUCUGAACAAGCCCUAACUAAUGGGAAGAGUUCAUCUAAUUUGGAAAUAUUUCCCUAUUCCUUAUGAUCUUAUGCAUUCAUUUUCUGUCCCUAAAAACCACAAUGUAAAUAUCCUUUUUGGUGUUCCAACUCACCAGAAGAAUCCCCACUUUUAGUAAACACUAUCCAUGUAUUAGUUACUUGUAAUUACCUGGUGAUAUAUAAUUCCAUUUAACCUUUAUUCCAUUGAGCUAUCGAAUUCUGUUCACUGAAUUAGGACCAAGUAAAUAAUAGAUAUGCACAUGAAAGAUACAUAUUUGUAUUAUUUUUAAAGAAAGUCAUGCAGUCUGUGAAAGAAGCAGUAGAUCAACAUUUUGCACUCUCAUUGUCAAGGUUAGGUAUAUCCCAAGUUGCAAACAGCCAGACUUGAGCUCUGCUCUGGUCCUCUUUGAUUUUAAGGCCCUUUGUUGUAUAAUAAGGUUGUGGAAGUUAUACUCCAAUGACGAAGCAUGUUUUUAAUAUGACUGAUGGGAGCAUCCAAGCAGCUGAACCCAGCACUUUUUAUGCUCCCACUGUGGUUGAGCCUUAUGUUUACAGUCUCAACAACACCACUCACAUAUAUAUGCACACACACACACACACACACGAAACUUGAAAGAAUCUUUUCUGAGCCUCUUCAAUGAGGAGAAUGGUAAUAUGAAAGACACUGAACACCCAAGAUGGGUAUCACAUAUAAAAAUUAACCUGAUGACUUUGCAUUAACUCAAAUUAUUGGUUUUCCAUGGCCUACCAGGUAGAGUACCUGGCUACUACUGCAUAAUGAAGCCUACUUGCUUGACUUGUAAGUUCAACCUAUACCACAAUCCUAAACCAUCAUGGAUUUAGAAGUAGAUUCUUGAAAUUAAAUCUCCAGAAACUAGAUAUUAGACUGUUAGGGGCAGUUCCCAAGAAAAUAAACAUAUUGCCUCAUGUGUGAAAGACUUCCAGCUCUAGUUUCAGUGACUUGUUAUAUCUACGUACAUACAACAGGGUGGUAAGAGGAUUCUAUGUCAUCUCUGGUAGCUGAGUGUGAAGUAUGUGCCAAGUCAUCAGCAUAGUUAUCAAUCUGACAGUUGAGCUCUGGAUCACCACCUGAUUAUCUAGUAGAUCCGCUUUUAAGGCAGCUUAGAAGCCAAUUAAACAUGGAGGAUAAAUUACCUUCCUAUCCCUAGAGAUAAGAGGUCUUUUGGUGUCAUAAUUAAGGAUUGUUGCUGUUUUCUGGGCACUCUAUUCAUCACAGUGUAAAUGGCAAUGUGUGUUGUUUGUGUGCAGCUAUUUGAGGGAUUAAGGGAUUGAAAUAUGUUGUCAAGUUAAUCUUUUCAGCAUACCAGUUUGUGGGAUGGUUACAAGACAUGUGGCUGGCAGUGAGAGAAACUGCCUCUAGACCUAGACAAAGACUUGGAGAGACACAUCUAAAUAAUCACAUUGAGGUAAAGUAACAAGCAGAGUAAGGAGCAGCUGCAUCUCAGCAGAUAUAUGGCCCAUUCUCAGCUCUGCAGGGUGACCCAGAUAAGGCCACCACUAUGCCUUCAUUUGUCACCCAAGCUCCAACCACAGAGAAUUUGACAAGUUUGUGUUAGAACGUUGGCUUGGCUUGUAUUUUUAAUUAGCUUUGGAUUUUUUAGUGGUUUUGUCAUAUUACUGUCUGAGUUUGGUAGGUAGGAUUGAUUUGAAAAGAGUUUACUAGUGUGGUUCUUGGGGUAGAAUUUAGCUAUAAGCAUGUUGUUAGCCAGCCUGUAGACUGUUAAUUACUUAAUAAUCUCAUUGGGAAAAUGCUAGUCAUUUUAUAUUUGGAUGACAUAAUUGGAAAAGCAGAUUAGAUGUUGCUACUUUUAAAAGACUUGGAACUGAGACCCCUUUUACCUGUGUAUUGAAAUAAAAAGAUCUGAAUGUUUAGUCAAUGACCAAGCUGCAAAAUUAGAUACCAUUGACUAAAAUGUUUUUUUUUUUUUUUUGAGUUUCCAAAUGGAUGGGUUUUCAUUUGGAUGAGCCAUCAAGAAAGACAUUGGAUUUGGUCUGCAAUGGAAAGAUAUUUUUCUACCAUGUCUUUCCCUAAGCUAUCAAUUUCAAAGUUUUGUGUUAUUCCAAUCUGUAUCCCAGAGAUUAAAGUUGGACUUUGGAGUCACAAAGCAUUUUGAAGGCAGAAUUGACUGAGCUGUGAGGGUAAAACCCUCAUAAACUUCUCAACACACAUGAUAAAAUUCACCUGCAUGAGCUGGCAGGUGGGAACGCCAAACUGGAUCACUGGGUAGGACUACUCAGUAAAGCAAUGAAUUGUUUGCUUAGAAAAGCAUCACUAUCCCCAUUGAGAAAAAUGUGUGGCGAGAUGAUAUAGCUACACAAUAUCAAAUGAAUGGGUUGAUUCAGUGCCCCCAAAUUCAAUUCUGUGGGGAAAAAUAUUGAGCCAGUUGUCAGUGUUCUGUUAUGCAACUGGCAGACUAAAUUCUUUGUCGUCGUUGUUAUUGUUGUUGUUGCUGUUGUUUCUCAUUUCCACUCACAGCCUUAUUCUUAUAAUUAAACUCUGAUUCAUUUUCUCUUUGGUGUUAGCAAACUCCAACAACAGAAAUGGCAUCUGUGUAUUGAUAAUCAGCAUUUACCCUGGCAGGAGACUAAUCACAUAGGCUGAUCUCAGACAUUAAUCCUACCAUCUGAUACUUUUGGUGAAAAAAAAAAAGUAUUCACUCCCUUUCCAUUCUCCUCCUCACAGAUCUAGAUGCUCUCUUUACCAAGAGUAUCAAAUUUUUCUCUGUAAUCUAUUUACUAGAAGAUUACAUAGUGAGGAAGGUGGAGAGGGGGUGUGGGUAGGAAUUGGGAGUGGUGGGUAGGGAAGCCCCUGGGAGGCCAGCCUGCAGUUCUUGCCCUUUCUGCUUCUGACAUGAGAUGUUAAAGAAUCAUUCAUAGCACUCACAUUGGGUUAGGGGACUCUGAACUGCUCUUCAGAUCCAUGAUCGAUCAUCAUUCUUCAAAGAGAUUGGAGCUUUGCUGUUUCAUUAACUGUGCAGUGUAGACUAAUGGUGUUUAAUAAAAAUCAUUCAAAAUUUCAAACUCUUUUGCCAGUGACCUCCAUUUUGUUGGCUCUUUGAUUUGUAUCCAGCUCUGAGGAGGGAAGGGGACAGCAAAGGAAAACUGCUACCAGGCCCCCGACAGGACGUUGCAGCGGCAAGCCCAAGCCCGCCUGCCCAGCAGCAGUUGCUGGUGAGCAACUGCAUGCAGAGCAGCUGGGGGACUUCCUGACAAAUGCCCAGCGGACGCUUUCAGCUGGGGAUAGCUUGUUUCCCCCAGGACUCACUAUUCUCCAGUCUCUGCAGCAGGAAGCCAGCUGCCAUAUCCAGGGAGAAUUUCAGCUGCUUCCCCUAUUUGGUUUUUUCCUGCAUCACUUGUGUGCCUACAAAACACCAAAAGGGUCUCUGAUAGUAGAGUCCGGAGUCGGGAUGAUGAGUCACCAAAUGCAUCCCAGGUGUUCACGUCCUUCUGUGGUUCUGCAGUGCUUGUGAAACCAGGGCAGAAGGAGCUUUUGGGCAGGAAACCAAAUUUCUGAAACCUCAGAGAUGCUGGGUUGCUGCCAUGUAGUUCAGCCUAAGAGCUAACAUCUCCUUCAGUCAGUCUAAUGUGCAGCCAAUGGUGUGCUGGUAAAAUGUUUAUCAGUCAGCUCUUUGAAAAGACAAAGACAAAACACUUGAUUUGUUGCAAUGGCCAAUUUCCUCCAUGUACAUACUGCCACCAUGACGGGCUUCAAGCCACAAACUGUGACAUCACUGCAUACAGAUUUGGGAAAAGUUUCACAUAAUCAUCUCCUGUGAGCCUGAAUGAGCCAGCUCCACCACACUACUGCAUGCAGCCAGGCAAAGAGGGUUCAGGUUUCCCACAUCUGUCCCUGAGGACAUGCCUAUAUACACCCCACCACACACACAAAGACAUACACCCACAAACACAUACACACGUUGCAAUGACUAAAACUGCUACUUUGUUUUAAAACAUCAAUCGGUAUUUUAUGAAUGGGUGGUUCAUAAUGAGGCCCUGAGACAUAGCAGCCACCCUGGAGGCCCAGGUUUUCAGCAGUAGAAAGCUAAAAAGAUGAAGCCCUUUUGAGCUGAAAGGACAGAUGAGGCAGUGGCAAUGAUUUCCUCAUCUCUACAUCUCAUAGGUUAACUAAAUGUGAAAUAAGCACUUAGAAAACACUCAUGAUUGGUUUUAAAGGAUAGGUGAGUGGUUUACCAUUAUUAUUACUAUUAUCAGUAUUUUGAUUCCCAAGUAGGAUUCCAAACUUUUAAAUCCAACUUGGCUAAAGUAGUUACAGAGCCUCUGUGGAGAAUACUACAAUCCACAAUUUACUUAGAUGUUUCCUCAUAACAUGGAAACACAGUAAUUCCCACAUCUCCACAUUGCUAUUCGGGAGAUUCUAUUCUUUCUAUUCUAUUCUAUUUUAUUCUAUUCUAUUCUAUUCUAGUAAUAUUAUAUUACUAGGAAUCUAAGUCUUUUUUUAACAUUUGUUUUUAAUUAAACCAAUCUACUUACUGUCUCAGCUCUGAAUUUAAACCAGAAUGUUUUCUGUAUCAAUUACUUCACUGAUAUUCAGAAAGGAUUGUCCAAACUAAAAUAAUUAUCUUUUCCACCCAGGGUGGAUAAAACUAAGGUCACUAACAAGAAGGCUUAGAGUGCAGUCUAUUUUUUCUAAGAGAAUGAUGCUAAGCACAUAUGCACACAAUCACACACACCUUUGCUUAUUAGAGCACCUCGUCAUAAAUCAUCCUGAGAGUAGAAUAGAAAAAUUUCCAAGAAUCCAUUCCCCUGGUCCUCUGCAUCUUUUGCAGUUAAUGAGAGGUUUGUAAGUGCAAAGGUUGAAGAAGUUUUCAUAAAAUCCUGUUUCUCUUUAAACAUGUCCGUGUUCUGACCAGGCCUGUGUCCCUGUUUGUAUGUUAGUCCUUGAAGACAUCCCUGCCUGCUCCUUCUUUCUAGACUUCUUAUCUUUUGCAUCUGCAGUUCUUUCUGUGGCCUGCACAAUAGCUGAGUUUGGAAUUUUAUGCCCUCUGCAAUUCGUGAAACAUUUGUCCUAACUGGAGAAUGGUGACGUUGGGUCUGUUUUAUUGGCAUUACACCUACACCAGGACUCUUGAGUAUCCCUAGGCAAUGGGCAGGUUUUCAUGGCCGGAAAGAGCUAGAAAUGUGUUUACCAUCAUCCCAUGCAUCCCUUAUUGCAAAACCAUACUCACCAAUCAAGCAUAUUCGCCCACAAAUAUUAUAAAUGAAAUUGAUUCUGUCUCCAGAGAAUUUGUCAAAUAGUUUUCCUCCUGUUUGAUGCUACUCUCUGGAUAUUUUAUAAAGAGAAGUAUCUGCUAUGAAAUCCCUCACAUUUAUUCCUUUGUACAAAUUGCUCUUGUAUUUCUAUUUUCAUCAGAAUAGUACUUUUAAAGAUUGGUUGAUGUGGUGUUGUCUUCAAUAAAAUGAAUAUGUCAAAAAUGAAUCUUGUGGACAUACCAUGUUCAGAAAUGAUCCUUGGUAUCAGAAGAUGCCUAAAAUUCCCCCCUUGCACACUUGUUUAGAUCCUUCAAAGAAAAGCCUAGUUUCCUUUUUGUUGUGGUGGUGGUAGUUGUGCCUGUAGCUGUGGUUGUUGUUACUUCUCCCUCUAUCUCUUGCAUUCUCGCUCUUGCUUCAGCUUUUGCUUUCAAGUUAGUGUCCUUUCUCUCUCUAAACAAAUGGAUAGUUCGAUUAAAUGUGAAAUUGUACUUAUUCAUUCUUUUCAGACAUAACAGAUUAAUAAAAAUAUGUGUGUCCUGAAUUAAAACAUACCACCUGCAAAGGCAUACUAUGUUAUGAUAUCAUAAUACUAUAAUAACUACAUCAUUAUGUGGCAGUACAAAUAUUAGUCUGUUGAACUCAUUUGUCCAAUUGUAUAACUUUGUGGAACAGCAUUUUGAUCUUUGCUACAUAAUUUUGGCACAAGUGGAGUGUGUGCAGGCAGAUGAGACAAUGUUCAUUCCAGGAUUUUUCAAUGAACUUUAGUUGGAAGUCAGGCAAAGGCAAACAUCUUCAGAUGCUGCUCUAACCAUUAUAAAUGUGAACAAUACAUCUCUAUUCAAGAAAUACCGUAGAGAACUUCAUUCAAGACUUUUUAGAUUCUUUUUUUCCUUUAUCCUUUUCCUUUUCCAUUCUUUUGUAUUUCAUUUAUUUGUUUUUGUUUGGAGAGGGUCUGUCUGUUAUUUUUGAAGAAAUAUUUUGAUUGCUUCUCUCUCUCUCGCUCUCUUUCUCUACCUGUCUUCCUCCCUUUCCUCACUCCAUCCCUUAUUCAUUAAAAUACUGUGAACUUGGGAGUCUUUGGUAAAUCUGCAUUAGAUCAGUUUAUAGACCAGGAAUGAAAUUUAGGUGAACAUUGAUGAGUUUUGAAAGAACACUUAAAAUUCAUUGGGCCUUUCCGCACCCUACCCUGACAAAUGGUCUGAAGGACAGAGGUGGUUUUUGCAGAACAUUUUCAUAAUAUCCUCUGAGACCUAAUGCAGCUUAACAAAUGACUCCACCUAUAUCUCCUGUAAUUUGACUGAGACUUGUAAAAUACUCCCUGAUAGUUGCCAGGGGUGUCUUCUGCUUAGUCUGUAGUACAUGUGUUUGCUUUGUAUCUAAGAGGCACAUUCAUUUUUUGUAUGGUCAUCUGAAGUAUUUCCUAACAUUCAAAUUAGCCUGUAUGUAAUACCCAGAGAGAUUAUCCCAUCACGCUGUAGAUGAAGAGGUGAUUCUAUAACUCUCUGUCCUUGGAAACAGACAUUUUCAUGCAUAACAUAAACAGAAACUUUAUAUAUUUAAGUGUCAUGGAAAAUAUUUAUUGGAUACAAAUGGGAAUUUCAUUGUCAUCAUAUGCUCUCUCUGUGUGUGUGUGUAUGUAUGUGUAUUGGGGGGUGCUUGCCAAUACCACAUCACUGGACCACUGUGGCAAGCCAUAACUACACAAAUAGAACAUAUCACUUGUGUGUGUGUGCGUGUGUGUGUGUGUGUGUGUGUUUGACAUCUAGAUAGCUUUACCUUCCUGUGAAACAUCGGUUUCUAUUUCUAAGAGGCCACGGCUAUAUUACUGCAUGCAGGCAAAAAUUUGAAGCGGAAACUUCUUUUCUCUUGGAAGCUUUCAUCAUAAUAUAGUUUUCAAUCAAAGAAAUUCCACUGGCUUUGGUCAGAGAAAAGUUUCUGUCUAAAUUCCACUGAGUUUCCAAGAGAAAAUUGCAGGUCAAUAUGUAUGGGAGGGGAGAUGUAGGCCACGUGAACUGGAGCAACCUGAACUGUAUUGAGCCCUCUGGAUUGGAGUGGACCUCAUCUGAGAUGUUGUACAAAUACUUGGGGCUGAUGGCUGGUCUGGGCGCCCUCCAAGUGAGUUAAGGAAGAGAUUCAGCAGGCAUAGCCUGGCCUGGCUCCUAAAGACGGAAAUCUCCUGGUCAUUCUCCAAGGAAAAGACCUUCUCCCACACUGAUGGCACCCUAGCUGGCCAUUAAGAUGUGAUGACUAUUCAGAAAGUAUCCCAUUGGUCUAACAACCCAGUUAGUCUUUAGAACCACUUUUUGUUGGGUGCAGCUUUCCGAUAUUCACAUUCAUUGCAGAUCCACCAACCGUCACUGUUCUUAACAAGCAUGCUCGUCUUGUCAGAAUUUCAGUAAGUUCCAAUGUUCUGUAUAGACCCAGGUAACUGUCCUAACAUCAAUUAAUGAAAUGUCAUCUGGUUGCUAAAAACUGUGCUUUAUAUGUCAAAAACUGUAUCUGCCUUUGUGGCUUUGCAUUUCAAAUGUGUGGGGCACAAGCAUUUUGUUGGUGGUUUGUUCUCAGUACAGUAACUCUGUAUACAAACAUUUUAAUGUGGUUUUUAUUGUUUUCCAACAAGAUGUCUCUGUAAAAAUGAUAUUGGCUGAGCUGGUGCGUUGGUUUCUCUCAUAGAGGCAUUAACUAUACUGCCAAUGCAUUGAAUUAUUUAAAAAUGCAAAAUAAAAUUUUUAUGAAAAUA